AGUUAGUAUUGUGUAAAAAAAUCUAUUGAAAUAUUUUAUUAGUAUAUCGUUAAACCAUUAUCGCAAUAUGGACGUCACCGAAGCGGGGAGCAGGGUUAACAUGGCUAUGUACGCCAAUACGCCAGAAGAAGCAAAUGAGGCUUACUCAAAAUGGGCAGAUAAAUACGACGAAGAUCUUACUUGGGUACUAGGAUCUGUGGCUGGAGAUGAAGUUGCUGAAAACUCGAUGAAGUAUUUAAAAAAUACCGAAACAGCUCUCUUGCUGGAUUUAGCGGCGAGCACUGGCUUGGUUGCUGAGGCAUUGUUAUCCCGUGGAUACAAAGGUGUUAUGGACGCAAUUGAAUUAAAUGAAGACAUGUUGAAAAAAGCCGAGCUAAAAGGAAUAUACAGAAAACAUAUUUGCUUCAAAAUAUCACCGGACACUUUGAUUCCAGUUGAACAAGGGGCAUAUGAUACUGUUACUUGCGGUGGGGCCUUUGGGGCAAAUCACUUGGAGGAAGGAUGUAUUCCAAAUAUUACCCGUUGCUUGAAACAUGGAGGUAUUUUGAUUUUCAACACCCGAAAAACAGACGCAAACAAAAAAUUCAUUAUUAAAUUGAAUAAUGUUGCGGAGAAGCUCGUACGAUCCGGGCAGUUGGUUGAGAUUGAAGUUAAAGAUAUGGUGUUUUACCGAGCUAAGAGCAAAGAAACCGGCGAUGUCAUGAAGGCGGUGUUGUAUAUUUACAAAAAAAUAUAAUUUCCAAAUUGUUAAUUCAAGUGUUGGCUUAGCUUAAAUCAUCGAAUUUGGGGAUUUUGUGCAAAAUUUAUUUCUCAAUAAAUGUGGAUGAAGCCAAUGUUGUCUGAAACACAGUUAUUCGCGAGCGAGCAUGACUGUAGGUGCUAAUGUAUGCAGGUGCAAAUAUUCACGGGUGAAGAUGGGAUCUUUUGUUCAAAGCCCCCGACACUAAUGCGAAAAUAUACCUCAGCCACGUUUUCACAUAACAAGUAUGUAAUUAUUCGGCGCAAUCUGCAGUUCUCAGACUCACAAUAUGAGCGAAACAUAGAUUCCGAGUAUGGAAAAAGAGUAGUUGCUGAUGGCUCGAUAGUUUGAAAUAAAAAAUUCACCUAAUACCAUUCAAUUGCAUUUGCUCCAUGAUUGCAUAAUGAUGUUUGUGUACUUAAACUACAAAAUUUGGGAAAUAAAUGUUGUUUCAAAUCAAAUAUGAAAUUUUCAAUAUACUAUCGGUGUA